AUGUCUUACAGACCGGCAAUCUGCAGCAUGUCCCUCGGUCGUGCCUGGGCACACCAAAUCCCCCCCAAGUUCACCGCAGCAGCCACCUCCGGGUUCCCAGCAAUAGAAAUCUUCUUCGAAGACCUUCUCUACCUCGCCUCCAGCUUCGCCGGCGGCGCCACACCUUCCAACCAGAUCCUGGCCGCACACCAAAUUCGCCGAUUAUGCGACUCGCUCCACCUAGAGGUCAUGGGCAUAGGCCCCUUUAACAACUGCGAGGGCCUCCUGGACCCCGUUGUCAAAGCCGCAAAACUUCAGGAACUUACCCUCUGGUUCGAGAUCGCGCGGAUAUUGGGGACAGAUGUAAUUCAGAUCCCUUGCACGUUUAUGACCGAAGGCGUCACUGGCGAUAUCUCGAUCGUUUCGAAAGAUUUGAGAGAAAUUGCCGAUAUUGGAGCCGCACAGAAGCCACCGUUUCGAUUCGCAUAUGAGAAUUUAUGCUGGGGUACUUUCAACGAUACGUGGGAGAAAGCAUGGAGUGUCGUGAAGGCUGUCGAUAGAGACAACUUCGGGAUGUGUUUGGAUACCUUUAAUAUCGCUGGACGAGAAUACGCGGACCCUGAGCGGGCAGAUGGGAAGGUGGAGAAUGCGGACGUGGUGUUUAGAGAGAGUAUGAGGAGAAUGGUGAAGGAGAUUGAUGUUAAGAAGGUGUUCUAUGUUCAAGUUGUCGACGCUGAGAGAUUAUCCAGACCAUUGGAUAAGAGCCAUGAGUUUCAUGUCGAGGGGCAGAAGCCGAGGAUGAGUUGGAGUCGGAAUUGUCGGUUGUUUAUAUGUGAGGAGGAUAGAGGGGGUUAUCUCCCUGUGAUGGAUGUGCUGCAUGCGAUUUGUGAUGAGAAGGAGGGGCUGGGGUAUAAGGGGUGGAUUUCGAUGGAGUUGUUUAAUCGGAGUUUGACAGUGGAGGGGAGCCAGGUCCCGGUUGAGCAUGCAAACAGGGCGAUGGAGUCUUGGAGGAAGAUUGUCAAGGCUAUGGCAUGGGAGGGUCAAGUUGAAGUUGUACCGGUAACGAGAAAGCCGGUCAAGCAGAUCUUUAAGGACAGCGAAGUUGUUGAAAUCUCUGCAAGGUUAUAG